CUCUGCCUUAGAACAAGAAGCUGCUGGAAAAGAGGGAGGGGCACUCAUAAAGUCCAAAUUCCAGGGCCCUGGAGGGGCUCUAAUGACCACAGCCUUCUCCCAUCCUGCGGCUGCAGCCCCCGGUCCCUGUCCAUGAAGACUCGCCCACCAUGUUUUAUGGGACUCACUUCAUCAUGUCGCCACCCACCAAGAGCAAGCUGAAGCGGCAGAGCCAGCUGCUGUCCAGUGUGCUGUCCCGGACGCUGAGCUACAAGUACCGGGAUCUGGAUGCCACCUUCUCCAGCCUGGGUGCCAGUGAUGACCCCGCAGAGCUCUCCACCCAGCUCUCAGCUCCUGGGGUCCUGAAGGUCUUUGGAGACAGUGUCUCCACAGGCACUCACUACAAGAGCGUCUUGGCCACCGGCGCCUCCAGUGCUCAGGAGCUGGUAAAGGAGGCGCUGGAGCGUUAUGCCCUGGACCCUGCAUGUGCCAGGCAGUAUGUGCUGUGUGACGUGGUGGGCCAGGCUGGGGGCUCUGGGCAGCGGUGGCAGGCCCAGUGCUUCCGGGUAUUUGGGGAUAAUGAGAAGCCCCUUUUGAUCCAAGAAUUGUGGAAGCCUCGAGAAGGUUUGUCCCGGAGGUUUGAGCUGAGAAAGAAGUCAGAUGUGGAAGAGCUGGCAGCCAAGGACGUGGACACCACCACAGCAGGGAUAAAUGCCCAAGCCCGGAGGCUGCAACGGAGUCGUGCGAAGGGGACUCCACUCCUGGCCUCAGGAGGUGGCGGGAGCCCCCCUCGGCCCCGGCUGCGGCGCACGGUCAGCGAGACCAGCCUGAGUCCAGCCACCACCCUGCCUGACGCCUCCCAGGCCCCUGAGGAGCCUGGCCAGGACACCAUGCGCUACUCCCUCUACCAGUGCCCGCACCUGCUCCUCCUGCAGGGAUACAGCCAGCAGCACGACAGCCUGGUGUACGUGCUCAACCGGGACCGGCACACGGUAGGCCAGCGGACCCCCUCCAGCAAGCCCAGCAUCAGCCUUUCGGCCCCCGACAUCCUGCCCCUGCACUGCACCAUCCGCCGGCACCAGCUCUCGGGCAGCGGCCAGGCCAGGGAGAGGCUGGUGCUGGAGCCCAUCCCCGGGGCGCCCAUCUCAGUCAACUUCUCUGAGGUGGGGCGGAGGACUGUGGUGCUACAUCAUGGAGACCUGCUCUCCCUGGGCCUCUACUACCUGCUGCUGUUCAAGGACCCUGCACAGGCCCAACCCCUGCCUGCCCGUGCCCUGGCCCGCCUCCGGGCCGUGCCACAGAGCUGCAGGAUGUGCGGUGCUGCGCUCAGGGCCCGGACCCCCUCUACGCUGACUACUCUGCCCCGGAGGCGGCAGCUGCACCUUGAGUUUGAGCCUGACGUGGAGGAUGCACUGCUGCAGAGGAUCAUGACGCUGAUCGAACCAGGGGGUGAUGACCACAAGCUGACACCUGCCUUUCUGCUCUGCCUCUGCAUCCAGCAUUCAGCCACCCACUUCGAGCCGGGCACAUUCGGACAGCUCCUGCUCAAGAUAGCCAGGAUGAUCCGUGAGACAGUCUGGGAGAAGACCAAAGAACUAGCAGAGAAGCAGGCACAACUCCAGGAACCCAUCUCCCUGGCCAGCUUUACCAUGGCCGACCUAGUUCCAGACCUGCAGCACAUUCUUUUCUGGAUGUCUAACUCCAUCGAGCUCCUGUACUUUAUCCAGCAGAAAUGCCCACUCUACAUGCAGAGCAUGGAGGAGCAGCUGGACGUCACAGGCUCGAAGGAGUCGUUGUUCUCCUGCACACUGACGGCCAGCGAGGAGGCCAUGGCGGUGCUGGAGGAGGUGGUGCUGUACGCCUUCCAGCAGUGUGUGUACUACCUCUCCAAGUCCCUGUAUGUCUGCCUCCCAGCGCUCCUGGAAUGUCCCCCGUUCCAGACGGAGCUCCGGGACAGCUGGUGCUCAGCUCCCGAGCUGCCCGAGGAGCUGCGCCGCGUCGUGUCCGUGUACCAGGCUGCCCUAGACCUCCUGCGGCAGCUCCAAGUGCACCCUGAGGUCGCCUCCCAGAUGCUCUCCUACCUCUUCUUCUUCUCCAGCACCCUGCUCCUCAACCAGCUCCUAGAGAGGGGCCCCUCUCUGAGUUGCUUCCACUGGCCCAGGGGUGUCCAGGCCUGCACCCGCCUGCAGCAGCUCCUGGAGUGGAUGAGGAGCACUGGCCUCGGGGCAGCUGGAGAACGCUUCUUCCGGAAACUGUCCUGCACCCUCAACUUGCUAGCCACCCCCAGUGCUCAGCUCAUCCAGAUGAGUUGGGCAACCCUGCGGGCUACAUUCCCAGCCCUGAGCCCUGCACAGCUGCACCGGCUGCUGACUCAAUACCAGCUGGCCUCGGCCAUGGGCCCCAUGAGUGCCUGGGAGCCGGGAGCUCAGGACUGCCCUGCCGCCUUCCAGUCAGAAGACAUCCUGGAGUCCUAUGAAAACCCCCCACCCAUCGUUUUGCCGAGCGAGGGCUUCCAGGUAGAUCUGGAAGCAGACUGCCCAGACGACGGCGUCUACCAGCACCUCCUCUACAUCCGCCACUACCUGUGGAGCCUGCGCAGCAAAGCCAGCCCUGGCUGUGGGCCUGUCCAGCCAGAGUGUCUCGAGGGUGGGAACCACACCAUGCCUGGGGACCACCUGGAUGGCCAGAGCUGCCUCCCAGCUUCGAGGGAUCCGGGCAGAGGAGCCCUUGAAACUGCCCCAGCAUGCACUCUUCCUUCUGCCGGGGCUUCCCGGGCACAGGGUCCCCCAGGAAGGCAGCCCCGUGGAGGCCGUGGGGGCUCCCAAGCCAACCCUCUGCAUGCAGACACCUCCUGCCUGCUCACACCUCCCAGCACCCCACUUGGCCUUGAGCCCAGAGACCCCGACUGGCCAGAGUCUGGCAGCAUCCGUGGGAAUGCACUCCUGGAAGGGCAGAGGAAUGGACUGAGUGGACCUCGGGGUGCAGCUCCAGAAGGAGACUCUGCAGCCGCUGUGGAUGAGCCCCCUCUGGCCCCCUCCAGCCGCAGCUCCAGCACUGAAGACUUCUGCUACAUCUUUGUGGUAGAGUUGGAGCGAGGCCCCUCAGGGCUGGGGAUGGGCCUGAUUGACGGGAUGCACACACCCCUAGAAGCCCCUGGGCUCUACAUCCAGACCCUGCUUCCGGGUAGCCCUGCGGCGUCCGAUGGGAGACUGUCGCUGGGAGACCGUAUCCUGGAGGUGAAUGGCAGCAGCCUGAUGGGCGUCAGCUACUUGAGAGCUGUAGACCUGAUCCGACAUGGGGGAAAGAAGAUGCGGUUUCUGGUGGCCAAGUCUGAUACAGAAACAGCCAAGAAGAUCCGCUUCCGCACACUAACCCCCAGGGUGGGGCUGGAAGGACGUCCUCGUGCAGCUGCCCCUGCGGUUCCGCCAGGUGACAGCAACCUUCACCAAGCUGUUCAUCCAUGUUUUUAACUGACUAAGUUGAGUCCCAUGUGGUGCACACUUCAGAUGUUGAUACUGUACAUCUUAGUGUAUAUUUUAUUUAUAUGACAGAUAACACUAAGUUGUGAUGUUUGUUACAGAGCUUUUAUGUUUACAGACUUUA